CACGUGCGUCACAUAUACGACACGUUCCGGUGAUGCUCCAGUAAAGCAGCCCAUCUUCUCCUGGCUGUUUUAUCGAUUCGCAGGUCUUCUUCCAUCGCUUGUAUAUCACCACGUUGUUCCGUAGACUUUUCUCCAGAGUUCUUUGCUGCUUCAACAUGGGGAAAAGAAGCCGACAGAGGCAGAAAAACCAGAAUGCUGGCAGAGACGAAAGAGACAACGCUGGUUGGGGAGCAGGCUAUGCUGAGAUCAUCAAGGAGAACAAGCUGUUUGAGCACUACUACCAGGAGCAGGGCUUAAUCCCUGAGGGAGAGUUUGAGCAGUUUAUGGAGGCCAUGAGGGAGCCGCUGCCUGCAACCAUCCGCAUCACUGGAUAUAAGAGCCAUGCUAAGGAGAUCCUCCACUGUCUGAAGGAAAAAUACUUCAAGGAUAUUCAAGAGCUGGAAAUCGACGGCCAGAAGAUUGAAGCUCCACAGCCUCUCAGCUGGUAUCCCGAUGAGCAGGCCUGGCACACUAACAUGAGCAGGAAGCUCAUCAGGAAGUCUCCCCUGCUGGAGAAGUUUCAUCAGUUCUUGGUCAGCGAGACCGAGUCUGGUAACAUCAGCAGACAGGAAGCCGUCAGCAUGAUCCCUCCUCUGCUCCUGAAGAUAGAGUCCCAUCACAAGAUCCUGGAUAUGUGUGCAGCUCCUGGUUCAAAGACGGCUCAGCUGAUCGAGAUGCUUCACUCUGACAUGGACGUCCCGUUUCCAGAGGGCUUCGUGAUUGCCAACGACGUCGACAACAAGCGCUGCUACCUGCUGGUUCACCAGGCCAAGCGUCUCAACAGUCCCUGCAUCAUGGUGGUGAACCACGACGCCUCCUGCAUCCCCAUGCUGCAGAUCGACUCGGACGGCAAGAAGGACAUCCUGUUCUACGACCGCGUCUUGUGUGAUGUCCCCUGCAGUGGAGACGGGACCAUGAGGAAAAACAUCGAUGUGUGGAAGAAAUGGACUACCAGCAACAGCCUGCACCUCCAUGGGCUGCAGCUGCGUAUUGCAGUGCGUGGAGUUGAGCAGCUGGCUGUGGGGGGGAGGAUGGUGUACUCCACCUGUUCACUCAACCCUAUAGAGGACGAAGCCGUCAUAGCCGCGCUGCUGGAGAAGAGCGAAGGAGCACUGGAGCUGGUUGACGCGUCGGCUGACCUGCCAGGGUUGAAGUGGAUGCCCGGGGUGACUUCCUGGAAGCUGAUGACCAAAGAAGGCCAGUGGUUCUCUGAUUGGGCCAAUGUUCCCAGCAGCCGGCACACUCAGAUCCGUCCCACUAUGUUUCCACCUAAAGACCCAGAGAAGCUGGCGGCCAUGCACCUGGAGAGAUGUAUGAGGAUUCUGCCUCAUCAUCAGAACACAGGAGGCUUCUUUGUGGCGGUGCUGGUGAAGAAAGCCCCCAUGCCGUGGAACAAAAGACAUCCCAAGCUGAGGAAGAGCGCUGCAGCCCAAACCGGAGGCUCCUCCCCAGCAGACGCCCCUUGUCCCCCCCCAGAGGGCUCACAGGAGGAUAUGGAGGAAGGUGGUCCAGAAGCGAAAGUAGACGAGGAGGCAGAACCUGCAGGCGCUCCUUUGGCUCAGGAGGCUGCUGGUAAACAGGAAUCGGUGUGUGGACCUCCACCAUCCAAAAAGCUGAGGCUGUUUGGCUAUAAAGAAGACCCGUUUGUGUUCCUAACUGAAGCCGACCCAGUCUUCAACACCAUACAAUCAUUCUACGAUUUGUCUCCCGACUUCCCCAAGCUCAACGUCCUCACCAGGACGCACGAGGGCAAGAAGAGACACCUGUACAUGGUGUCCAAGGAGCUGCGCAACGUGCUGCUCAAUAACAGCGAGCGCAUGAAGGUCAUCAACACUGGGGUGAAGGUGUGGUCUCGUAACAGUGAUGGAGAGGAGUUCGGCUGCGCUUUCAGACUGGCUCAGGAGGGAAUCUACACUCUUCAGCCGUAUAUUCGCUCUAGGAUCAUCAGAGUGAGCGUGGAGGAUAUCAAAGUGCUGCUGACGCAGGAGAACCCCUUCCUCAGCAAGCUGGAAGAGGACGCUCACGCUCAGGCCAAGAAAAUGGGAAUGGGCAGCAUAGUGUUGAAGUACCUCCCAAACCCAAAUAACCCCUCAGAGCCUCAGUGUCCCAUCCAGCUGUGCGGCUGGAGGGGGAAGACGUCCAUCCGAGCGUUCGUCCCCCGUAACGAGCGGUUCCACUACCUGCGCAUGCUGGGCGUGGAGGUGUUCAGAGACAAGCAGGGCGUUGGGCAGAAAAGGAAGGAUGGGGAAACUAAAGAGAAGCAGGAGGAGGCAGAGGAUGAUGUGGAAAAAGAGACAGAGGCAGCUGUGGAAAAAAAAGAAGAGUUGGAGAACGGGGAUGAAAACGGAUCAAUGAAAGAAGAGACUGAGAACAAGGAGAGCACCAGCUGACGGAGGGACAGCAGACUGUCUGAUUGGAGCUGAGUCCAAAAUGUGCCUCUGGUUGCCACACAGCCAGCGUCUUCUGUUAUUGACUCCUUUAGGAGAUUUCUAUUUGGCUCCCCCUUUAGGAGUCUGGUAAAUGACUUGUGUUCUUUUAAUAUGAUUUCUGUUAAGUUUUACUAACCCACUGAAUGGGGUAUUAUUAUUAUUAUUUUUAUCAUUCUUUCUUAGAUACUACCAGUUAAUCAUCCGCUUUAAUGAAAAUCAGCGGUUCAAAGUUAAAAAUGUUGAGCUGUAGCCCCGCCGUAGCUCAAAUGGUCGCUCUUAUGGGGCGUCAGCACCGUUUGUGUUCUAAAGCUCAUCAGGGACAUUAAACUGUUCUAAAGAUGGUGUAAACCUGUAGGGCAGCAGCUUUUGCACUACUGUCCUUUUAAUAGUUUUUAUUUUUUGAUUAACAACAAAAUCGGCUGUUAUUCAGCCUAAUAAAGGAAGUUACAGCUUUAGGCGACAUAUUGAGUCUCUUGAUGUCUGAUCCGAUGUGAUUGCUGCUGUUUAAACAAUAAAACGUCUGCUUUAGGCUACAA